CAGCUCGCCACAGUGCACGGCGAAUCGUCUAAUCUUAACGCCAUAAAAAAAAAAAAAGAAAGCUGGAUGCCCCCCCAAACCCCCACCACCACUGAGGUCAUGUUAAUGGGUCUGCAUCGCUAACUUACAACAAACAUCUGGUCAAGCCCAAAGUGCCAUCUUUUACGCUCUGAUGGUAGCAGCUGAACACUGACCGCUACCUGCCUGAGGACGCCUGCUGCCCUGCUCCCUUCAUCAUGUCUGGGAUCCAGGCACCAUGGGCGACUGGCACAGAGUGUGUAGCCAAGUAUAACUUCCAGACCACCAACGAACAGGACCUGCCCUUCUGUAAAGGAGAUGUGUUGACCAUCAUCGGAGUUACCAGGGAUCCGAACUGGUACAGAGCGAGAAACCAGGGGGGAAGGGAAGGCACCAUUCCAGCGAACUAUGUCCAGAAAAGAGAAGGAGUCAAAUCAGGAGGGAAACUCAGUUUAAUGCCGUGGUUCCAUGGGAAGAUCACGCGGGAGCAGGCCGAGCGGCUCCUCUACCCCCCAGAGACGGGCCUGUUCCUGGUGCGGGAGAGCACCAACUACCCAGGUGACUACACCCUGUGCGUCAGCUGCGACGGCAAGGUGGAGCACUACCGCAUCAUCUACCACAACGGCAAGCUGAGCAUCGACGAGGAGGAGUACUUCGACAACCUCAUGCAGCUGGUGGAGCAUUACACCAAAGACGCUGACGGCCUGUGUACCCGACUGAUUAAGCCCAAGCUGAUGGAGGGAACGGUGGCAGCACAGGAUGAAUUCUCCAGGAGCGGUUGGGCCAUGAACAGAAAGGAGCUGAAGCUCCUUCAGACCAUUGGCAAAGGAGAGUUUGGAGAUGUGAUGGUGGGUGACUACAGAGGGACCAAGGUCGCAGUGAAGUGCAUCAAAAACGACGCCACAGCACAGGCUUUCAUCGCCGAGGCCUCCGUCAUGACGCAACUGAGGCAUAACAACCUGGUGCAGUUGCUUGGGGUGAUCGUGGAGGAGAGGGGCAGUCUGUAUAUCGUCACAGAGUACAUGGCCAAGGGCAGUCUAGUGGACUACCUCCGCUCUCGGGGACGGACUGUGCUGGGUGGGGACUGCUUACUCAAAUUUUCUCUUGAUGUGUGCGAAGCCAUGGAAUACCUGGAAGCAAACAACUUUGUCCACCGAGACCUGGCGGCCCGCAACGUGUUGGUGUCUGAUGACAACAUCGCCAAGGUUAGCGACUUCGGCUUGACCAAGGAGGCCUCAUCCACGCAGGACACUGCCAAGCUUCCCGUUAAAUGGACCUCCCCAGAGGCUCUACGAGAGAAGAGGUUCUCCACCAAGUCAGACGUCUGGAGUUACGGAAUCCUGCUUUGGGAAAUCUACUCCUUUGGGCGCGUGCCUUACCCCAGAAUUCCCCUAAAGGAGGUGGUGCCCCGGGUGGAAAAAGGCUACAAGAUGGAUGCGCCUGACGGCUGCCCGCCCGUGGUGUAUGACCUGAUGAAGCAGUGCUGGACCCUGGACUCAGUGGUGCGGCCCUCCUUCCGCAUGCUGAGGGAGAAGCUGCAGCAUAUCAGGGCCAAGGAGCUCUACUUGUGAAGAGGAGGUUGAAGGAGGAGGAAGAGGAGGCGAGUCGCAGCCCAGUGCAGCCGCCGCAGACCCGGAGGGGGAGGGAGGUCCUGGGGCCGCAGCUUGAGCAGGCCAUGCCCGUGCCUCUCUGCUCCAUUCCGCUGGACCACCCCCACCCACCCGUCCACUCUGCCUGCCCAGCCUGUUGACCUAUGGGACUGCCCACACUGUGCUCCCUCCCCUGACCCUCAGAUCUCUGUCAAUCUUGUUUCCAUGAAAGGACUGUUCCCUGUAUGUGUUGUAUAGCUUUUACCUGACAGUUUUCCUCCUCUCUCGAUGGGGCCACCGCUUUAUCCCCCUCCUUCCACUUGCCGCCGCUCUCUCAAGCGCUCUAUCUCUUUUUCUCUCUCUGUUAUUCUCACCCUUUCUCUGUCACUCUUUCUCUUGCUCUCGCUCUCUCUCAUCUCUCUUAAUCCAAGUUUAUCUUCCUCGUCUUGGAAGACUCUUAUCUUUUUUAUCCUUUAUCUUAUAUCUUUUUCCCCACCUCUGUUCCUGACCAUGACAUUAAUGGGGGGGGGCUGGCCUUUUCCUCCAUAUUUGUCACUGCCCCCCCCUUCCCUGUGUGCCCUCAUCAUUCCUGGUUCUCUGUCUUUAUGAUGUGGCUCUGCAUGCCCCCCCCAUUCCUCCCUUUCGUGUCAUUCCUGCUUCACCCCCCUCCCCCUCAUGUGUGUCCAGGUGUGGGGCCUUCGCUCUGUGCCAAAGUGCCUCCAAUCUACAGAGCUCCAAACGUCCCUCCGAGACUCCGAUUAGACUAUUAUUGCUUUGGGGUUUUUUUAUUUUUGAAUCUUUUUUUAAAGGGUUUUUUUUAAUGCUUUUUUUUUUCUUUUGUUCAGAGAGGUUGUCAUUUGUUUUAGUGCAGUCUCUCCCCCACUCCCCCCCACCCCUCAUUUUUGUGUAUUUGUCAAAAGAGCGUAAACAGGGAGAGAGAAGGAGUGGGCCAGUAUCACAUACCCUGCCACACACACACACACACACACACACUUACACACACGCGUACACACACACACACACAGGCUCCCCCAGCUGGCAUCCUCCAACCAAGUCAACGCGGGGAAGUGGACCUAACAGGAGGGGGGGGGGGCAUUUCACAGAAGUGGUUGAUUCAUCAUAUGUGGGUUGUUUUAUAUUAAAAUAUAUUUAAAGGAUUUAAAAAAAAGAAAGAAAAAAGAACAAGGAAAAAAAGCUGACUGUCGGGGGUGGGGGGGUGGUGGUUCGGGUGGGUCAGGGGCGGACAAAGGAGCCGAGGGGGUCGACUGCUCUUGGCGUCAGAAUGUUCAGUGUCCCUGUGAACGCUGGGUUGGGUUGAUGCAUGCUGUGUGUAAGAGGCCUUGGGUUCAACAGUCAGUGCUUUCAAUGUUCAUUGUUUUAUUAUGCUACCAUCAUUAUGAAUAAAUCAUUCCAUCUGAAGACUGUGGACACAUCAGCUGCUUCCUGAUAUGAAUGGCAGCCAUGUGUUGCUGUUUUUAGUCUGUUAAGAGGGGAAUUGUAUGUCUGAGUGUGUGUACAAUAGGUAAUGGCACAUGACAGCACU